AUUUAUCAUUAAAUGAUCCCAGAAUAUGUCAUGAAAAUAUGUGCAAAUUUAAACAAUUUCUUGAUGGUAUUAAAUAUAGUGGUCCUAUUGCUUGCAUCUACAGACAAUACAAAACUAUCAAUGAAACAGAGCUGGCUGGCAUGAUGGCAAAAUUUGAGGAACUUGACUUAAAAGAUGAUAUAGAUGAUGAUAUUAGAAGUAUUUCAGAUAAUAUGGUUUUGGUUAAUAAUCAUUUUGUUGGAAAUAAUUUAUCAGAAGAUAUAUUAUUGAAGGAUAUAGAAAUAACCAAUAAUGAUGGAAGUGUUAAUUUUUCAGCUUUAAUAGAAUAUU